AUGGUGGAGGAAGACAUCGGGAAGUACGUGGUGAAGGCCAUGGAUGAUGUGCGCACCCUUAACCGCACCAUCUAUGUGCGACCUCCAUCAAACAUCAAAUCUCAGAUGGAGGUUGUCAACUUGUGGGAAGCUCUUAGCGGGAAGACCCUGCAGAAGGAACAUAUCUCCGAGCAGCAAUGGCUUCAAAAGAUACAAGAUGAGAACCUUCCAUGGGAGGGGACAAUUGCCUUUUCCAUUUUCUAUCACAUAUUCUUUGAGGGAUUUAUGUUGUCCUUCCCCAUCAGCCAUGACAAUGAAGCUUCAUCACUCUAUCCUGAGGUUAACCAUGUGGACAUCAACUCCUAUCUCAGUCGUUUUCUUUGA